AUCUUGGAUAAUUGCCAUGCACGGUGAAGAUCAUGUCAUCAUUGGAGGUCACAAGUAGUCCUAUCCGCGGUUUCGUUUGUUUCUUUUGAACUCUGAUCAACCCGAUUUACAUUGACCACAAUUCCUGAUUGAAUAUCCGCUCCUAGUUGGAUUCAAGUGGUACAUUUUGUAUGUUGUCAGUCAUGGCAUCGCGUACUACUAGUACAGUGAGUACAUCGACUGACCAAAUGCUAACGUCAAAACAAAAUAAUGAUAUACCAUCGUGGCUAAGCGUUUUGAUCGUGGUUAGUGUAAGCGCAUCGGUACMACUUUCAAUUGUCCUGUUUUCAAGCAACUAUCUAACCAGCGAGACUGGUUUUGCAGAUGGCGGAGACAUGUAUUCGCACAUCAUUGAAGCACUGUACAUCAAAGAGCAGUUCCAGCAAGGCAAARCAGAUYUAUGGUAUAGUGGCGUUACAUUGGGAUAUCCCAUCCUAAUGGCAUAUCAGCCUCUUCCUUGUCUAGUAUCAGCAGCUACUAUGAUGGCAGCAGAGAGAUAUAUGAGUCCACUUCGUGCCUUUCGCUGGCUUUUAGUUGGUAUUCUGAUAUCCAUGCCCUGGUCAUGGUUUUACUCUUGUCAAAGUCUAGGAAUGAGUCGUCUGGAGUCUUCCAUGGUAACCMUUUGUCUUUUCUCAUUACGUAGCUGGGUUGAUUUUGGUCUUGAAUUGAGUGCAUUUCAUGUUUAUGGUUUAUAUGCACAAGUUUAUGGAAUGUUUAUGCUGCCUUUAGCAGUUAGUUCAUCUUACAAGUACAUUCUCUACACCGAAGGAUCACRAGAUGUUGCCUCAGUGAUUGUUGCCCUCAAUCUUCUGUGCCAUUCUAUUUUUGGUAUUUAUGUCAUAGUAUUCACCAUUACAAUGUUGACGUCAGUCACACUAGUUCAAGUGUUCUUGGAAAGGAGAAUCAAUGGUCUCAUUGCCAUAUACACUCGUGCCCUAGAGAUUCAUGGUAUAUCAUGGGUUAUCAGUGCUUGGUGGCUUUUUCCCACAUUGUCCUACUACCAAUAUAUAGGGGGAGUUCCUUGGAAGUAUGAUGUCACAAAUCCACUUCCUUUUGAUCUUGUGUUACGUAAAUUCCUGGCUGGAGAGAUGUACGAUUUUCAACGAGGAGUUCCAUAUACCACUCUUGCAACACUUGUUGGGAUUUUUUGCAUYUGUGUUGGACAUCAAUCAAUGUAUUUCAUGCAUCACUUUGGAGAGAAAAACUUUCCCAAAUCAAACGAUAAGCUACAUACAUCUCACCUUGAGGAAAAAUCAAUUGUCAAGCCACUGCUUGGCGCACUCCAUCACUCAGAAAAAAACAAUGUAGUUCGAAGAAGACAGGUUUUUCAUACAUGGUUGAUGCUCUCAUUYACAGCUUGUUUUGUUUUGUUUCUUGGCAGAGGAACUCUUGGCUUGGUGUAUGAGUUAAUACCUUUCCAUGCUGAGAUGGAAUCACUUCGGUAUAUAAACACUUUACAUUUUCUUGGUUUACUUUUGUUUGGUAUUGGGACUUCUUUUGUACUGGCUAACACCUGUAGGUUACUAUCACAAGUAUCUGGUAUUACUGUCAAUCAUCUGGUUGUCUUAGUGAUGUUGGUAGGGGCACCUAUUUACCUUAGCAACCAGUCACAACGAAUAGYCAAUCAUCUAAGUGUUUCUGAGAUCAACAACCAAUUAGCAAAUAGAAUACAGUUAUUGAGGGGACRCCCAAUAAUUGGACGUCUCUAUGGUAACAAGGAAUUUGAUACUGCUGGUCCUUGGGAACUUUCUGUCCUCCCCUAUCUAACAGGAAAACCAGGAGUACAUUCGUAUUCCCGUGGUUACCAUGACAGCCUAACAGUCUAUUACCUUGAGUCCUUUCAACCUAACCUCAGUACUACGCCUUGGUUCCCAGACCUACUCCGACUUUUCAAUAUCAGAUAUAUUAUCGCCAAAACCAUCCCAUUAGACUUUAUAGAGGGCAGCAAGCUAUUGACGUUACUAAMAAUUGAUAAAGAUAUAACGGUGUAUAUCAGGUCUUCCAGAGAAAUGUAUGGAUAUUUCGAGUUUGUGAGUGUCCCUGGGACAAUUCAAGGGGAUCUUAAAGGCAUCAGGGAUACUGUAGUUAGCAUGACUCAAAUCUUCCAAGUUAGAGCUCUUUUAGCAAUUAAUUCUUUGUCAUAUGAAAAUGAAACGGCAAAAGUAGCUGUGACGCCCAUGACCACACCCAUUUCAUUCUACCAACCGUUGUCAAGACUGUUACACUAUUUUGGUCGUCCGGAGAGAUAUCUCACCACGUGGACGUUGAAUGGUCGCAAUGUAUCAGAACAUGAUUUCUUAGAUGGACUGAUGGGAAUGUAUUUAGUUCGUCCAAUAAAAUCUGUCAUACUAAAAGAGUCCAUUAGACCAAACUUAUACAAAGCUAUUGUCAAAGUGCCUGAUGAGGCAUUUAGUAAGGACAUUUACUCUACAGAGCAUCUACUUCUCAAGGUCACAUAUCAUCCGUAUUGGUCGUGUAAAUAUGCACCACCUACUGAGAUAUCAAGCAAUACCGAAGAGUACACAACUGAGGAAUACGAUAAMUGGACCGAGGCAGAAGUACACCACGUCAUUCCAAAUUUAAUGAGCAUUACUCUUCCACCUGGACGGCACGAAGUAAUAUGUUUUUACUCAAACCCUUUGUAUCAGAAGCUUGGGUUUCUCCUUUUCAUAUUUAUUAUUUCAUUAAUAAUUGUAAAAGAAAUAAUACAAAAAGUACAAGAAUUGAGUAUUAAUUGAUGGAUAAAUCCCUUGUAUGGCUUUUGGGGCUUUUCCAAUUAUUUAUCAUUAUUUGCAGCAUUACAUACUUUUAAAAAUGAUUUACAUAUUAUUAUUUGCUUACUAAUAUGAGUAAACUAAAAAGGAUGAUUCUUGUA